UUUCCUUUUAUUUGAUUUAUAAUUUUCUUAGUCCAAUUACUUAUAAUUUCCUUUGCCCCCUUUUCUCUUUCCAAAUUAGCUACCCAAAUUACACUUUUUUCUUGAAUAAGACAUUCGUGGUUAUUUUCCCUGAAUUUACUCGAAAUUUCGGAUUUUUUAGUUUCUUGAGGUUAAAUUUUGCUAGUUUUUGGGUGAACCCAAUUGGGGUUUUUUGGGUUUUGCCUAUUUUUUUUCUUGGUUUUGUGGGUUCCAAAGGCAUGAACUUUGAGAGGCUUUAGGUGGGUUUUAAACUUUUAAGUGAAAAUUAAUUAAUUCUUUCUUCUUUUUUUCCAAGAAGAAAUAUAAAUCUUCUAGCCUUUAACAUCAAAGAUGAAAGCAGAGAAGCCUGUUUGGGUAAAGCAUGGAGGGACGCAGAUUUUCUCGGUCGAUAUACAGCCUGGUGCCCUCAGGUUUGCCACUGGCGGUGGUGAUCAUAAGGUUCGCAUUUGGAACAUGAAAUGUGUUGGUAGGGAAUCGGGAGCUGAUGAUUCAACACCAAAACUUCUGGCAACUCUGCACGAUCAUUUUGGGUCAGUUAAUUGUGUUAGGUGGGCCAAGCAUGGUCGAUAUAUUGCAUCAGGAUCUGAUGACCAAGUUAUUCUUAUUCAUGAGAGGAAGCCAGGUUCAGGAACCACGGAAUUUGGUAGUGGAGAGCCACCGGAUAUUGAGAAUUGGAAAGUUGCCAUGACAUUGAGAGGACACAGUGCUGAUGUGGUGGAUCUUAGUUGGUCUCCAGAUGACUUAAUAUUGGCCAGCGGUAGUUUGGAUAACACAAUUCAUAUCUGGGACAUGAACAAUGGCAUCUGCACAGCUGUUCUUCGUGGUCAUUCCAGUCUGGUCAAAGGUGUGGCAUGGGAUCCCAUUGGUUCAUUCAUUGCAAGUCAAUCAGAUGAUAAGACUGUCAUUAUUUGGAGAACGAGUGACUGGAGCCUUGCUCAUAGAACUGAUGGUCACUGGGCAAAAUCUCUAGGAUCCACUUUCUUCAGGCGGCUUGGAUGGUCCCCUUGCGGUCAUUUCAUAACCACAACUCAUGGUUUUCAAAAGCCUAGACAUUCUGCACCUGUUCUAGAGAGAGGGGAAUGGUCUGCCACUUUUGACUUCUUAGGACACAAUGCUCCUAUUAUUGUUGCAAAGUUUAAUCAUUCUAUGUUUAGAAGGAAUCCUUCCAAUGCUCAGGACUUAAAAACUUCGUCUCUUGGGUGGAGUAACGGUUCUUUGAAGACUGAAGGGAAAGAUUUACAGCCAUAUAAUGUUAUUGCAAUAGGAAGUCAGGACCGCACCAUAACUGUCUGGACAACUGCAAGUCCUCGUCCUCUCUUUGUGGCCAAGCAUUUCUUUACUCAAAGUGUUGUGGAUCUAUCCUGGAGCCCUGAUGGAUAUACGCUGUUCGCUUGUUCUUUGGAUGGUUCUGUGUCUGCUUUUUAUUUUGAUGUAAAUGAACUUGGAUAUAGUUUAGGUGAUGCAGAAUUAGAUGAGUUAAAGAGAAAUCGUUAUGGUGAUGUAAGGGGUCGUCAGGGAUACUUGGCUGAAAGUGCAGUGCAGCUGUUACUUGAAGCAGCAUCUACAAAGCAAACCCCUAGCAAAAAGGUUAUCCUAGACAAUCAGACAACUCUAAAAGCAUCUACUGGUUUAGAGGUCACGACAAAGAUUAAGAAGGCUCAUGCUAAUGUUGGGAAGAAUACUGAGGGAUCAAAUAAAUUGGCUUCUUCUGCUCAGAUGUCAAGUCCUGUGAAGCAAAAAGAAUAUAGACGACCUGACGGUCGAAAAAGGAUAAUACCAGAAGCAGUUGGAGUGCCCGUCCAACGUGAAAGAAUCGUUGUUGAUGCUCAGUGUGAUGCCCCUGAAUUUCCUGUUAAGUCUUUAGAUCAUAGGAAGGUCGAUAAUAAAGUAAUACAUACUGAUGGUGGUGCUAGAGAAGAAUCCAACAGGAAAGCAGCAAGUGGGAGAGCUGAUUUGAGGGAGCGCUCAGAUGUCACAACUAGAGCUACUGUGACUGAGAGCCUUGUCGUUGAGAAGGUUCCAGAACUUCAGGGAAAAGAAGGGAUUACUAACAUUGAACAGACAGGCUAUGUUACUUCCGCUGGUACUCUUUCGAUAAGCAUAUAUGAUAAGAAAGAAGGGGGAGAUAAAAUAACAGUUUGCUUGGAAGCUCAUCCAAGAGAACAUGCUGUAAAUGACAUUGUAGUGCCCGGAAGUACUUUCAUGAUUAAAGAAACAGAACUUUCUUGCACAAGAGGGUCGCAAACUCUUUGGUCUGAUAGGAUUUCUGGAAAGAUAACUGUUUUGGCUGGAAAUGCCAACUUUUGGGUUGUUGGUUGUGAAGAUGGGUGUCUGCAGGUUAGUCUAAUAUUCUUCAGCAUUUCUAGUUUGAAGCCCAAGCCCAAGGAACAUGCUAAUGAACUCCUCCUGUUCAACAGUUAUACUCUGAGGAUUAAACCAGCAGUUAUGAGAAAAAAGAUUAAAGGUACAAAUGAGUCCCUGUCACAGUCAGUUUUUAGUAAUCCAAGGAAAGGAUUGUUAAUGAUGCAACCCAAAAAGAGUGGGACUCCAUGGCUUUUCGGUAUCAUCUGGAGACUGAAUUUUUUUAGCCUAACCUUGGUAAAAAUACCUAGUAUUGCUUCAAAAGAAGAGGCUGACGAGUACCGUCUACGAGAAGUUUGUGAGAGCUUUCUUGGACCUCCUAUUGGGAUGACUGAAGCUCCAUCAUCCGAUGUAAAAACAGCAGCAUGGGACCCUUAUGUUCUGGGAAUGAACAAGCACAAGCUCCUUCGAGAAGAUAUUCUUCCAGCUAUGGCAUCAAAUAGAGGAGUUCAAAGGUUGCUCAACGAGUUCAUGGUUGUCCUAAAUGAUUAUGAGAUAACAAAAGCAAACUUAGAACAGAAGAAUCUCGUUCAUACAACAGCAGUGGCUACUACAGAUGAAAUGGAUUCUUCCCUGCCUGCAAUCGAUAAAAGAAUUCCUGAUUCAACAUUAACCAAUCAAAUGGACUCUGCCCAACAAGCAAUAGGUCCAAGGGAUCCUACCUUGACAAAAACCAACCAAACAGACUCCAUUGUACCCAUGAAUGGUGAAAUAGAUACCAUUUUGCAAGGUACAAAUCAAGUGGAAUCCAUGCUACCGAUGCCAGAGCAAAUGAAUUUGGACCCCCCUGCCUCCGAGCAAGUAAAUUCAGCAGGGAAAGAGAAGGAUUCUUGAUCUUAGAAUCGUGUUUGGUAAUUAGUGAUCAUUGGAUAUACUAACCUGUUAGUAAUCAUUUUAUGGAGUAUGUAUUUUAAUUUUGUCCUUGGGCUUUUUGCAUGUGAUGCGUUCUUAUCUGGGGACUCGAGAGCCGAAUAGCUUCUGAUUUUGUUGAUAUGUGUCCUGUGCAAGCUAUUGAGUUCAAACUACAUUCAAAGCACAUCUGGUGUGUAUUUCACAAUUUGGAAGCUUUUGAAGACUACAUGUUUUCUUGAACUGGAAAGGAUGACUUGUACUAUAUGAAGCUAAUUUUUGCCCUUUUGAGAUAAAUGUAAAGUUUAUUGCCCAUUUUUAGUGGUUAUUCAUUUCCAAUUGGUUGUAAAUUAUUUUUCUUCA